AAAUCUCUAUCGAUUUGAUCGACAUCAAAGUAGGCAGCUUUAUAAAUCAAAAAUAAACCUUAUAUAUUUUUGUAUAUCAUGGCUAAGCGGUUUUCCUUAACGGAGGAAAAGCUGGACGAUCUUUUCGUGGAGGAGGUGACCAGUGUGGUGAAACUGGUGGGUCGGCUGCCCGCUAGAGAUCAGAUUGUGCCCACCUGCACCCGAUGGCUUAACAUCUUCCAGCAAUCAACGCCACAGGAACAAUUCUCCCGAAACUAUAUGCUCUUGCUGCUUCACAAGCAACUGAAUGACCAGAGUAAAUUGAGCUACCCCUUUACCGAUUCUAAAAGUUCUCACAUGGAUUUGCGUACACUCCACCAGAUGAGCUUGAAGAUGGUUAAUAACCCAGAGCCCCAAAGCAGCGGGGAAGAGAACUCGGAUGAGGAGGAAUUGUCCUCUUUCAGUUCCUGUGAGAAUUUAGAACUGGCCAACCGUAGGUUGAUAGACGAAAAUGCUGCCUUAUCAAAGGAGUUGCAGGAGCUCCAGGAUUUGUUCAACAAAUUACAGGCAAAGCGUGAGAAGAACGCGAAAUCCAUCCAAAUGCAAACCGAGGAGAUUCACAUGCUGGACAAGGAGAAUCGCUACUUAAAGCGAAUAUUUGCUUGUUCUUCGAUCAACGCUCUAAAGCAACUUUGCACUGGAAAGGAUCCGUCUGCGUUUUUUGACACCCUGUACAGCGUUCUCUGCAAAGAUGAAUCCGAUUUUCAACAGGUGAAGCACUUUAACGAACACUUUAAGGCCCUGCUGAAUGCCCACAUCGACCAUUAUCGGCGACAGCAGCGUGCUCCAUUAAUGACACAAGCCAGUCAAGAAUAUGACAAGUUGCGUGCCAAAGUCAGCAAAAGGUACAAAAACGAACUGGGCUUGAAAUUGGAUGCACAGAUCCAGGAACUGACUCUCAGUGCAAUGAGAUAUCUGACCGUGGUGCGGAAACUAUUCCUUGAAACCUUUGAGGGUAAGCCAAGCACCAAAAAGGCGGUCGUCAAGUUUUUGGAGCAGAGCUACGAGCAAAUGAAUGAGUUUAUGUAGUUAAUUGUUG